CCUCUGCCGAGCCACAGAACAAGUCCCCACACUAAUCUGACUCUCUCUCGCUUGGCUAUCAAUAACACUAACUUGACCGCAGAACACAGAAGGUAGCAGAUAUCGAACCCCGCGGUUUCCACGGGUGCUUUUUCGAAGACCCCGACUCAACCUCAGCUGCAACUGAGUCUUGGUAUCAGCCAGAUGAGGAAGGCGUAUGAAGCAAUGGAAAGACAAGUCUCGGGCUCGUUUCCGGUUUCCUUCUAUCAGCUGACGCGCCUUUUUACUCUUGUAGUACAGUUGUUACUGGGCUUCCUGUUAGGGCAUCGUUCCAAGCCGAUUCAGCUCGCUGCAACGUACGAGGCAACUUCCAGAGUCCCGAGAAUAGAAGCCCAACAACGACAAGAUGACUUACAUCAAGAGAGAUGGAUGAUCGAGUAUAUAUAGCCCAGAUCUCUUGCCAUCAAGGUUCCCCUUCUUAGCUCGACAUCCCUCUCAGUCUCGCAACUCCUAUCCAAGUCGCUUGUUCGCUCCCCGGUCCCCGGCUCACUCUUGUCAAUAUGCACUUCAACCUCGCCCUCGUCGCGGCUCUUGCCGCCUCCGUUUCUGCCGCGGUCACCCCCGCCGUUAGAUUCGGCUGUGCCACCGAGGAUCCGUCCGCCGAGCACAUCGAGAUCUCCAAGAAGCUUGCUGAGGAGGAGGCCGCCAACAACGGUACUGUCAGCCUGGCUGCUCUGGCCACCAUUACCGUUCCUACCUACUUCCACAUCGUGGCUUCCUCCCAGACUGUGGCCAAUGGAUACAUCACCGACAAGAUGGUCACCGACCAGUUGGCCGUGAUGAACUCCAACUUCGCCCCCCACGGCAUCCAGUUCAACCUGGUCGAGACUACUCGUACCAUUAACUCCGCCUGGGCCGGCUACAGCAGCCAGACCGCCAUGAAGACUGCCCUCCGCAAGGGUGACUAUGGCAGUCUCAACCUGUACUUCCUCAAGAGCGUCGGAGGUGCUUUCGGAAUCUGCACGUUCCCCACCACCGCCUCCCCCGGCUCCUCUGCUUUCAUCGCCGACGGCUGCACCAUCCUGUCGUCCACCGUUCCCGGCGGAAGCGAGACCAACUUCAACCUCGGAAAGACUGCCACCCACGAGAUUGGUCACUGGUUCGGUCUUUACCACACCUUCCAGGGCGGUUGCAAUGGUGGAGACUCCGUUGCCGAUACCCCUGCCCAGGCUAGCUCUUCUUCCGGAUGCCCUGUCGGCCGUGACUCUUGCCCCAGCAUCGCCGGCCUCGACCCCAUCCACAACUACAUGGACUACUCCUACGACUCUUGCUACGAGGAGUUCACCGCUGGCCAGCAGACCCGCAUGCUGAGCUUCUGGAACAACUACCGCGCCUAAGCUGUCCGCGUUUGCGCACCUAAUUGACUUUGACACCGGC